AUGGACGAACAACAAUAUGUGGCAACUAUCGAACAAAAGCUAGCAAGGAGCGGAGAGCGUGAUAGGCUCAAGCAGAGAUUACGGCAAAGGCUAGCGGAAUCAGGAUGGAGAGAUGAUCUCAAGAUAUACUGUCAAGACGUGAUCAAAAAGAAGGGAUUGGCCAAUGUCACGGUAGAAUCUCUAGUUGCUGAAAUAACACCACGAGUACGAGCAUCGGUACCAGAAAACGUCAAGGCUGAAUUGUUGGCUAGUAUUCGAAAGAGUAUAGAAAGCAUGGAUGCUCAGUACUGA